UGUCACAUGCAAAUCACUGUGGAUAGUAUUUCACUGGUAGACAAGAAAAGACACAUUUUAUUGCUUUGUCUUCUAUGCCAAUGUUGUAUGCUGACCUAAACUGGGGCUCUACAAAUUACUUGAUACAGUAAAGUAAUGGACUCACAUCAAGAUUCAGAGGAAAGCAAAUAUGCAUCUUCAGAAAAUAAUGUCACAUUCCAGUGCUACUUCCAAAAUGAAGUUCAGCCUUUUAUUGAGUUAAUUGACUCUCUGAGGCUGCUUGGCAUUGACAAUGAUCUGAAUCUGCCCUCCAUCGCUGUAGUAGGAGAUCAGAGUUCUGGAAAAAGCUCUGUUCUGGAGGCGCUCUCUGGGGUGGGCCUUCCGAGAGGCAGUGGUAUCGUCACUCGCUGUCCUCUGGAGCUAAAACUGAGGAAGAAAAAAGGGAAAUGGGAGGGGAAAAUCUCAUAUGCAGGUCAUUCCGAAACAUUUUAUGAUCCAUCACAGGUGGAGAAAAUGGUCAGAGAAGCUCAGAAAGCUCUGGCUGGAGAUGGGGUGGGGAUCUGCCAUGAUCUGAUCACUUUAGAAAUAUCCUCCCCUGAUGUGUGUGACCUCACUCUGAUUGAUCUCCCUGGCAUAACCAGAGUCCCUGUGAAGGGUCAGCCAGAUGACAUUGGAGACCAGAUCCGCAGUCUCAUUUUGAAAUACAUCAGGAAAAAGGAAACAAUCAAUUUAGUCGUGGUCCCUUGUAAUGUUGAUAUAGCCACCACAGAAGUACUGAGAAUGGCACAGGAAGUGGAUCCUCAUGGGAGCAGGACUCUAGCGAUCCUCACAAAACCAGAUUUGAUUGACAAAGGAGCAGAAGAUGAUGUUUUAAAGAUCGUCCAGGGUAAAGUAAUUCCCCUCAGUAAAGGCUACAUCAUUGUACGAUGCCGUGGCCAAAAGGACAUCAACGAUAAGCUCUCUCUGAUUGAGGCCAUGCAGGUUGAGAGAGAUUUCUUUAAGAGCCACACAUAUUUUAGCUCGCUUUUGAAUGAAGAUAAAGCUACUACAGAGUGCUUGGGGAGAAAGCUUACGAGAGAGUUGGUUGACCACAUUAAGAAAUCACUUCCACAUUUGACAGAUCAGGUCCAAAGCCUUCUAUCUCAGCUGCAGGCGGAGCUGAAGACAUAUCAUGAAGGCCCUCCACUAGACCACAAAAUGAUGGGACCUUUUCUGAGUCAGAUUAUAAUUGAGUUCAGUGACCGCAUCAAUGACUUGGCUAGAACAGGGGAUUCAAAGCACAAAAACAUAUAUGGACUCCUACGUCCAGUCUUCAAACAAUGGGAUGGAUACUUAAAGACCAGCCAGUUAUCAUUCAAAGAAGCCGUUGAGGGAAUGAUCAAUAAAUAUGAUGACCUUCACCGUGGCCGAGAACUGCUAACAUUUAGUGACUAUUCGUCUUUGGAGUCUUUAGUCAAAAAGCAGGUGAAUGUUCUUGAAGAGCCAGCAAUGGAAACACUGAAGAUCAUCAGAGAGAUCAUUCAAGAUGAGUUUAAGAAUGUGUGUGACAUCUCAUUUGAAAACUACCCUCAUCUGAGAUACAUAGCCAUGACAAUGAUUGAUGAUAUUCAGUCAAAGCAAGAAUCCAAAGUGGAGACCAGGAUCAAAGAGUUCAUUCAGAUGGAGCAGCUGGUUUUCACUCAGGACAGUAUCUUACAGCAGAAACUCAGCAACUCCAAACUUUCAGUUCAGGAGGAUUUAAGAGAUGAGGCCUUCUACGAUGAUGACGGCAUUUAUUCAUCAAGUGGCUGUGCAGUGCUUGAUACCAGAAAGCUUAGCCCAGAAAAGAUUGUCCUUUACUAUGAGAUUGUCUACCAGAGACUGUCGGACUACAUUCCAAUGUUGCUCCUGCUCUUCAUGCUGAAAGAUGCAGCUAAAAUCUUGCGUGAUCAGAUGAUGGACUUGAGGGAUGGUGCAGAUGUGACCAAACUACUCAGCGAAGGUACCGAAAGAGGACGCAAGAGGGCCGACUUGCUGCAGCGUCUAGAACGACUGAAAGAAGCUCAAGCCAAAAUCUAUGGCACACUGUAAGAGCUUUUUGUUAUUUGAAAAAGAUGUAGCAUUGAGAAUGAAAUCAAUAAAAUGAAUAUCCAGAAUGCCUCGCCUUUCAAAAGUAUGAGUGAUCAAAUCUCAAGGCAGAAAACCUGACAAAAAUUGCUGUAAACAGAGAAUUCCAGUAUAUUACUUACAAUAACACAAAAUACUUAAAAUAAUGAACAAAACAUCUUAAAAUACCCUUUGGUGCCUAGUGCAUUAGACAUUACUGUAUAAACAUGAUCAAUAUCACAAGUGAUUUCAAAGUUUUGGAUGGCACUGCAGAUUGGAAAUAUGGAUGGGGAAUCGAGGGACUGAGACAUUGAUGACAUUGAUCAUUAGAUAGGAGAUAAAAUGAGGAAAAUCUGUUUGUUGUAUUGAGGUAAUGCAAUUGACAAAUUUUAAAAUGAAGUAAUUAAAUAGAAAUCAAACACACUGAUAAGUGAUUUCACCAAACCUGGAGGAAGAUGAUGCAGAAGAUAGCUGUGAUAAUUGUGAUUGUAGCUGAACAUCCAGAAAGAACGCACAACAUCUUUAAUAAAACGUUUACCACUCUUUUGUAUGA